AUGGCGAGGACCAGCGGGGAGAAGGAGUCGACGGGGGGGGCGCCAGAGCCAAUCAGCACCGUCCUUCUGACAGGAAGUGAUGCCGGCUCGGCAGUGAGACAGAUCCUUCCAGAUGUUGGAGUGCUCGUCAUCAGUGUCCUGACCUGGAGGCUGAUCGUAAGAAUGGACGCUGACACACACACGCAGGAGCAGCAGGAGGACCUGGUGUUGGAGGAGGACUCAGUCUUUGGAGACGAGGACGAGGAGGAAAUCUGCAGAAACAAGUUACUGGUUGAACUAGAGUUACUGGUCAGUAAAACCAGGCAGAUGGUGGAAACCAUGAUGACGACGGGACGGAAAGUCUUGCUGACAGUUCUGCUGGGACUGACAGGCAUCAUGUUCCCCUCCCUCUCCUCCCUCCCCUACCUGCUAUGUUUUCAGGUGUUGUGUACGUGGUGGGCGUGGUCCGGCCAGGUCCCGCCCCUCCUCUUUAGGUGCGUGUCUGGUGUGUCACUGCCCUACUCCGCGUCCCACUUCCUGCUCCUCUACAGCUACCAGCUGCCCUCGCUGCAGGAGGUGUGGCCCCCCAACCGCACCUCUGCCAGAGUGUUCGGGAUGGUCCCGGCCGGCUCGGUGGACUGCUCCGCCCCCUGGAGGCUGCAGGUGAACUCUGAGCUCAGCUGGUUUCACCUCUGCAGUCCUCUGCUGCUGCUGCUGCUCUACAACAUCCUGGCCAGUCUGUGGAGGAACCAGCUGAUCGACGGUGAUGGGGGGCGGGGUACAUCUAGGACAGAGUCAGUGAUCAGCAGGAGCUGUGACAUCAUCACUGCCACCAGCACCCUGAGUGAUGAUGUCAGCAGUGAUGAUGUCACCAGUGACAUCACAGCGGAGCGACGGAGAGAGCUGUGGAGGAGAGCUCACGAUCCUCCCGAGUACAGAGAUACGCUGACGUCCUCCACCAAUCACAGAACCACUGACUCUUUUGCCCCGCCCACCCAGAGCACAGCCCUAGGAUUGGAUGUUUCUUUCACGCCUCACUACUCUCUCAGCCAAUCAGACACUUUAGAGACGUGUGCGUUUGAAGGAGAUGAAUGGGAGGAGGAGGAAGAGAAGGAGGAGGAGGAUGAAGAUGAAGGGGGCGGCGCCGCCGCGCUGGCCUUCAGCUUCCUCCUCAAACAGAGCUACAUCUGCGCCCUGGUGGCCAUGAUGGCCUGGCCCAUAACGUACGUGUCCUGGCUGACGUGCGUCCUGCUGCUGUGGUCCUGCAUCCUCUGGAUGAUGCGAGAGCGCCGCCGUUACACGCUGAUGUCAUCACCCUGGCUGGUUGCCUACGGCAACCUGCUUGUCAUCCUACAGUAUGUCUACAGCUUCCCCUCCGUCCAGGAAGUUCCUGGACUGUUUCCGAAGAAAGACGACCCCUGCAGGGAGCUUGUCUCCAAGUUGUUGUGUCUGUUGACCUUCUGGCUGCUACUGCGCCAGGCGCUAACGGAGAAGAGAGACAGACAGAAAGACCUCCAGCUGUCCACCAUCACUGUCCACACACAGGAGGAGCAGCUAGUUGGUGACCAUCAGCAGGAGAAGAAGAAGAAGGAGGAGGAGGAGGAGGAGGAGGAGGAGGAGGAGGAGAAGAAGAAGAAAAAGGAGAUGUCGUACGAGGAGGUGCUGCUCCUGCAGGGAGGAGGACCACUUAAGAUGGAGGCUCUUGUUGCCGUGGUUACCAGGAUGUUUGUUAAAUACUGGAUCUACGUCUGCGGAACGAUGUUCUUCUUCGUUAGUUUUGAAGGAAAAAUCGUUGUAUACAAAGUGAUCUAUAUGGUGAUGUUCCUCUGCUGCGUCGCCCUCUACCAGUUGAACUACGAGCGUUGGCGUGCCAUGCUCAGGGGUUUCUGGGUAGCCGUUGUGGUUUACUCCAUGCUGGUUCUGAUCCUGGUCUACACCUUCCAGUUCCCCUCGUCCCCCGACACCUGGAGCUACUACACUGGACUCAGCACUCACAGGCUGGAGGACGUCGGUCUGGAGAAGUUUUCUGUUCCCGUUCUCUUCACCAGGAUCUUCAUCCCCGCUUCAUUUCUCCUGGUGUGUAUCGUCCACCUUCAUUACUUCCACCAGCCGUUCCUGCAGCUGACCGACCUGAAGACAGUGGUGGACACACACAACAGCACCAUCAGCAGGUUAGUCCACUCUGACGGCAGCCUGUUUGACCUGUCGCUGGGUGGAGCUCCUCUUCUCCUCCUGGAGGAGGAGACACAGGAAGAGAGACAGGAGGAGAGACAGGAGGAGAGACAGGAGGAGAGACAGGAGGAGGACCCCUGCAUGUUGGACCGGGAAACCCUGUCUGACCACAUCACAGGGCUGGUGUCCUGGCGGUUGGUGGUGGACCGUCUCACGGUUCUGUCCCUGCGCCUCCUUGUCUCCCUGCAGCGCCUCCAGUUUGUCCUCUGGUGGAUCCUGGAACUGCACAUUGUCAAGAUUGUGUCCUUGUACAUCAUCUGGGUCUGUGUGAAGGAGGUGUGUGUGUUGAACCUGGUGUUCGUGCUGUGCGUUGCCGUGGCGAUGCCCUGCAGGGCGUGGCGCCCCCUGCUGUCCGGGGUCUGUACGGUCUGGACCUGUGUACUGACCGUCUGUAAGAUGUUGUAUCAACUCAACGUCGUCCAGCCAAUCAGAUACUCCUCCAACUGCACUAUGCCAGGUAACUCCAGUACUGACCUGUCUGUGUCUGGUCUGUACUCCGGGCCCGUCGACCCCGCCCAGUGGGUGGGUCUUCGGAAGACGGAUGGGAAGCUGCUCGACUACCUGAGGUCUAACCUGACGAUGCUAGCGCUGCUAGCCUUCGAGGUAACCGUCUACAGACACCAGGAGCUGUACCGUCUCCGCCGUAACCAAGCCCCGCCCCAGACCCGGACGCUGUUUCAUGACAUCACCAGGCGUCACCUAGACGACGGAGUGCUGAGUUGCAUCAAGUACUUCCUCAACUACUUCUUCUACAAGUUUGGAUUGGAGACCUGCUUCCUGUUGGCUGUGAACGUGAUUGGUCAGCGGAUGGACCUAUUUGCUGUAGGCCACGCCUUCGGCCUCAUCACCGUCCUAUCACAGCGCAACAGGAAGCGCAUCGCCGCGGUGUGGCCCAAGUACUGCUACUUCCUGUCGGGUCUGUUGUGUUUCCAGUACCUGCUGUGUGUCGGGUUCCCCCCCGCUGCCUGUACAGAUUAUCCCUGGAGACCCCCCAACUCCAACAUGGACUCUGACGUGGUGAAGUGGCUCUUCCUCCCUGAUCACCUGACCCCCCCGAACCCCUUCUUCCUCCUCUACGACUUCCUGCUGGUCCUCGGCGCCGCGCUACAGCGGCAGGUCUUUGAGGAAGAGGUCCAGCCGGCGGUUCAGAUCCUCGCUGGAGACAACUGGGAGCUGGACGAAGACAACGGACGUGUCUCUGAUCCAAUCAGACGGCUCUGUGUCAACACAGGCCCAGACUUCAUGCUCUGCAGGUCUUACUUGGACAUGAUGAAGUUGAUAAUCUUCAGCUACAUGUUCUGGUUCGUCCUCACCAUCAUCUUCAUCACCGGGACAACCAGGAUCAGUGUCUUCUGUAUGGGUUACCUGGUGGCAUGCUUCUACUUCCUGUUGGUGGGCGGGGACCUGCUGCUGAAACCAGUCAGAUCCAUCCUGCUGUAUUGGGACUGUCUGAUUGGCUACAACGUGUUCGUCAUCACCAUGAAGAACAUCCUGUCGAUCCUGGCGUGUGGUUUCAUUAAGUCGUUGGUGAUGAAUCACUGUUGGCUGAUUCAGCUCUUCAGUCUGGCCUGCACCAUCAAAGGAUACACCAGACCGGAGCAACAAAGCAGUAAACAGUGUGAGUUGCCGAGCGACGAGGCCGGCAUCAUCUGGGACGGCGUCUGUUUCUGUUUCCUGUUGCUGCAGAGGAGAGUCUUCAGGAGUCAGUACUUCCUGUAUGUGGUCCUGGAUCUUCAAAAUACACAACUACUGGCUUCCAGGGGCGCGGAGCUCUUCGAGGCGUCCACAUUGAAAGCUGUCAGAGCAAGACUGGAGAUGGAGAAGACGUCCAUGGACCUGCUGAAGAGACAGAUGGAGAGAAUUAAAUUCAGACAGCAGAAGUUCCGCAGAGGAAAAGCUAAAAUGUUGAGUUUGACCCAAGACAGCUUCCACACUGAUGGUCCGGAAACCAAGAAGGGUCAGCAACGGAAAAAGUGGUGGAGACCCUGGGUUAACCACACCUCCAUGGUGAGGAGCGGUGACUACUACCUGUUUGAGACAGACAGUGAGGAAGAGGAGGAGAAGAAGGAGGAAGAAGAAGAGGAGAAGAAGGAGGAGGAGCUACCUGACAAAUCAGCCUUCCAGUUUGUCUAUCACGCCUGGAUAACAGACUCCAAAACAGCAAUGAGAGCUCGCAAAAACCAAAAGAAACUGUGGAAGAAAAGCUCGUCUAAACGAAGGAGUAGGAAGGAGGAGAAGAGAGAAGCUGGAGUUAUAGAAGAGGAGGAGGAGACAGAGGAGGAUGAAGAAGAAGAAGAAGAAGAGGAGGAGGGUCCUGACACGGUGUUGCGUCGGUUUUCCAACACGAUGCGGUUCUGUUGGGUUCUGCUGUCAGCUCUGCUAGACUCUCUGACUGCCUGGCUCAACGGUCUGUGUCAGGAACACAUCGACAUUUCCACGGUCCUCCGCAUCGAGCGCUGCAUGCUAACGCAGCAGGCUAAGCAGGGUAAUGUUCCCACCAGAGAGGCGAUCCACCUUUACUACCAAGAACAGAUGAUGAAAAGCUCCAGUGAGUCAGGCCUGAACUACAGUACCCAUGAGGCAAAGGAAACCCUGGGGGGAGCAGAGGAAACCCCGGGGGCAACAGAGGAAACCCCGGGGGCAACAGAGGAAACCCCGGGAGCAGCAGAGGAAACCCCGGGGGCAGCAGAGGAAACCCCGGGGGCAGCAGAGGAAACCCCGGGGGCAGCAGAGGAAACCCCGGGGGCAACAGAGGAAACCCCGGGAGCAGCAGAGGAAACCCCGGGGGCAGCAGAGGAAACCCCGGGGGCAGCAGAGGAAACCCUGGGGGCAACAGAGGAACCACAGGAAACUUUGGGGGCAGCCGAGGAAACCCCGGGGGCAGCAGAGGAAACCCCGGGGGCAGCAAAGGAAACCCCGGGGGCAGGAGAGGAAACCCUGGGGGCAACAGAAGAAACACAGGAAACUUUGGGGCAGCAGAGGAAACCUUGGGGGCAGCAGAGGAAACCCCGGGGGCAGCAUGGUGGAGACUCAAACCAGCGACUUCCUGGUGACACACAGCCGACUCAGACCAGCGCCUCCUCCCCCACGUCCCCGUCUUCCCUUCUCCUCCCCCCCUCUUACAGCCUGGCUCUGGGCCUGGACCUACAGGAGGAGAAUGCUGGGGUGGGAUUCAGGAGGCGAGUGCCGGUUCAGACACCAGGGGAAAGGAGUGACUUCCUGUCUGACUCGGCCUCCACUUCCUGUCUGCUGACGUUUCGCACUCAGGAGCUGACAGCCAGUGAGCUUCUAAGGAACAGGACUUUCCACAAUGUGGAGCUUGAGGUGUCAGACUGUUUCUAUGCCAACCAACACCAGCUGCUCCAGCUGUGCUACGCCCUCUACAACAUCCUGGCAGCCAGGUCGGAGACGGUGUGUUACCUGGUCAUCGUGUUGAACCACAUGGUGUCUGCCAGCUGUCUGACGUUGGUACUUCCUGUUCUGGUGUUUCUGUGGGCCACGCUGUCGGUCCCCCGACCCAGUAAGACCUUCUGGAUGACGGCCAUCAUCUACACCGAGGUUACUAUCGUCAUCAAGUAUUUCUUCCAGUUUGGCUUUUUUCCAUUCAACCAAAAGCUGGAGGUGGACCGGUCCAAACCGUUCCAUCCCCCGAACAUCCUGGGCGUGGAAAAGAAGGAAGGCUACGUCCUUUACGACCUGCUGCAGCUGCUGGCGUUGUUCUACCACCGGGCUAUAUUAAAGUGCCACGGACUGUGGGACCAGAAUGUUGCCAUGGAGACCGACACUCUCCAUCACCCUGACAACCAGCUUGACUCCACCCGCAGUGCUACCUCCAUUGAUGUGGCUGACUCUGCUAGCUCGCUGCGCCGGCGCGGCCGGAGACGGACGCGCUCCAGCUCCACCCAGCCGCGCUCUCCUGCAGGCAGCAUGUGUUCCAGGUCUCAGCCCCCCGGCAGGUUGGAUCUGCUGCUGGAGAAACUGCGAGAGCUUUCCAUCAGAGCCAAGAAGCACUCUAUUAGCAGGUGCAUGUCUCUUUACCAUCCGGUCCUUCAGUUCUUCAGAGCUCUCGUCCAACCAGAAUACAGCGCCGUCACUGAUGUUUACGUCCUCAUGUUCCUCGCCGACACCAUCGACUUCAUCAUCAUCGUCUUCGGCUUCUGGGCUUUCGGAAAACACUCUGCAGCUGCUGACAUCACUUCCUCCCUCUCAGAAGACCAAGUUCCUGAAGCUUUCCUGGUGAUGGUUCUGAUCCAGUUUGGCACCAUGGUGAUAGACAGGGCUCUGUAUUUGAGGAAGACAGUUUUGGGCAAGUUGGUCUUCCAGGUGAUUUUGGUUUUUGGAAUUCACUUCUGGAUGUUCUUCAUCCUGCCGACGGUCACCGAGAGACGGUUUAACCAGAACCUGGUGGCCCAGCUCUGGUACUUUGUGAAGUGUGUGUACUUCGGUCUAUCGGCCUAUCAGAUCCGGUCUGGGUACCCGACUCGGGUUCUGGGAAACUUCCUGACCAAGAGCUACAACUACCUGAACCUCUUCCUGUUCCAGGGUUUCCGUCUGGUCCCCUUCCUGACGGAGCUCCGGGCGGUGAUGGACUGGGUCUGGACGGACACCACCCUGUCUCUGUCCUCCUGGAUCUGUGUGGAGGAUGUGUAUGCUCACUGCUUUGUCCUGAAGUGUUGGAGGGAAUCUGAGAAGAGGUACCCUCAGCCUCGCGGCCGGAAGAAGAAGCGUGUUGUGAAGUACGGGAUGGGGGGUCUGAUCGUUCUGCUGCUGAUCUGCAUCGUCUGGUUUCCGCUGCUCUUCAUGUCGCUCAUUAAGUCUGUCGCCGGGGUUGUGAACAAACCGCUCGACGUCUCUCUGACCAUCACCCUGG